AUGAAUCGUCUCUUGUGUUUUCUGCUCGUUAUUGGAUUGUGCGUAGGAUUGAGUGACUCAUUUGAGAAAAACACUGUAUUCAUUAAGAGUUCUCUUGGUCUAGACAAUGCUUUGAAGAUUCAUUGCAGAUCAAAAGACGACGAUCUAGGUUUCCAUUUCUUACGUACCGGAGAAACCUACGAUUUUAGUUUUCAUGAUGGCAUUGCGGGGACGUUAUUUGCUUGUGACUUAUGGCAAGGGCCUAAUUUCAAGUUUCAUACAUCGUUUGUAGCAUAUGAAAGUGGUUCUUUGGUAUUUCAUCAUGGUAAAAAAAACUAUUGGGAUGCUAGAGAAGAUGGAAUCUAUUUCACACAUGGAAAAGAAAUGCCUAAGUUAGAGUAUAAGUGGGAUGUAAACCACUAA